GUUCCCCAGAGCCUGCAGCCUGCACAGCGCACAGUACCUGCGGCUCCAUCCGGUCCCAGCACCGCCCGGCUUGACCCCCAGCCCACACAUUUGACCACUGAUCCAACUGUGUCUACUAUGGGGGAAACUUACCAGUAUCCCGUCUUCUUCGAGUGUCCCGGCUUGAUCGAGGAGCAAAAGAAAAAGAUCGAAAACUAUUUCCACAUUCGCCGAAAGUCGGGAGGAGGCGACUGCGGCUCGGUGACGCGCGUAAACGAUCAGGUUUUCAGCAUUGCUUUCAAAGAUCGAGAGGCUCAGCAAAGCGUCCUCAAGAAAUCUAGACAUGUGUUGGAGGUUGCAGGUGGUCCUCUGGUGCUGACUGUGAGAGACAGCCUGGGACCUACGAGCCAGUCAGUUAGCCCAAAUCAGGACUCCACUUCAUUGCAGAGACAGCAGUCCAUCCCUGCCUCAACAGCUCCACCAGGUGGUGAAGAGUAUGAACUACAACUUGAUCCUUACCUCCUUCGUUAUCUAAAGGAAUGUCCAAAGGUGGAGGAAGAACUAGCGAAAGAACUCACCUUGUUGUCCUGCUCUGCCCAGCUUUACCCAGAGGAGGAGAGGGUUUUAGUCAGGAGUUCAGCCCAACCAGGUUCUGUAGACGAAGUUCGAAAUCAGAAAGCCAAAGUAGAUCAACUCUUUGAUCGCUACAUGUGCCACUAUGAGGCCGAUGCUCACAAAAUCAAAGCCUUGCUUCAGUCCUGCAGCAGCUCUCCUCAGAGCACAGAUGAGGUGAAGGUGUACAGUGAGGUUGGCGUGGCUGUUGUAGUUGGGGAGCGCUCUCAGGUGAUGGCCAGGGCUAGAGAUUUACAGGAUACACAUGUUAAACAGGGGUCAUGUUUAAGUGAGAAGCAAACCAGGAUUCGCAGACUGGGCAAAGCCAAACUCUGUCUGCUCUGGAGAGAGAUUAAGCACAGUUUAGGACGAGAUUUUCCAGGAGUGAAAGUCACGCAGGGAGACGCAGGUCAGAUAGUUUUGGAGGGUUCUGUGGAGGAGAUUCUGAAGGCUGGAGAGUUUAUUACUGGCCUGGAGAAUCUGGUGUUAGAAAGGAAAGUUUCUGACAUGAGUCCACAUUUUGUGGUCUUUCUAAGAAAAGCUUAUGGAGGUCCAGGGGUGCUAGGUGGCUUUUUAGGGGUUGAUGACAAGGUGGAAAUAGACUUGCGAGACACAGAGCUACGUUUGUUCACCCUCUUUGAAGAUGAACUGGAUGAAACUGAAAGAAAACUAAAAGAAGCAUUUAAGGAAGUCAAGAUUGAUAUUCCCAAAUGCUCUGCUGUGCCAUCUGAACUUCAGGAAAAGCUCAAGUCCAAGACAAAUGAGAUGAACCAAGGGCAGUACAGGGCUCAGGUCUUGUUUGGAUCAGACAACAUGGCUACCUUAUUGGGCCACACGAAUGAGGUUGAAGAGCUGAGUGAAGCUGUCACACAGUUUAUUUUGGACCAGUGUAGCGUAGAAGGCAAAGUCCAUCUUCCUUUCCCAGAGUUAGUACAACUCUUACCAGAAUUGUUGCAGCUGCACAAGUUUGAACAUUCAGGUGUUAACUUUCGUGCUUUAACAUCUUCCUCUGGGCCCAUGGUGGUGCUGGAAGGUCCAUCCGGCAAAGUGACUGAGGUCAGGAACAAGUUGGGUCCUUUUCUAGACUCCCUUGUUCAGGACAGAGUCACCGUUGACCUGCCCGGAGCGGUAAGGUAUUUUUUAAGUCCAUCUGGAAAAGAGAACAUUUUGAGGGUUGCUAAUUCUCAAAAAUGUCUCAUACAGCUUCAAGACCAAUCUCAUGGUGCUCGACAGAAUCUAGCAUCUGGUGCAACAUUUGCUAAAGGAGGUACAACAACAGUUGCGAGCUACAGCCUCCACGAUGGCCUCCAGGUGCUGGUGUGCCAGGGUGACAUCACCAAACUGGAUGUUGAUGCUCUGGUGAACGCUGCCAAUGAAGAUCUUGACCAUGGUGGAGGUGUUGCUGCUGCGCUGAGUAAAGCAGGUGGCCCUCAGGUGCAGAAGGAGAGCCAUGCUCUUGUAAAGCAUACUGGGAAAAUACCUACAGGUGAAGUGGUAGUGACCACAGGGGGGAACUUAAAUUGCAAGAAACUGCUGCAUGCUGUUGGGCCUGUAGGUGGAAAAUCAGGUGGCCGAGAGAGGGCGUUACUGGAAAAAACUGUCCAGUCUGCUUUGGAUUUAGCAGAAAUGUUUGAGCUGGAGUCCAUAGCUAUGCCCUGUAUCAGCUCAGGUUUGUUUGGUGUCCCUGUAGCGGUGUGCUCAGAGGCUAUUGUGACUGCAAUUAAGAAGUUUGGUAGUCAGGCAGGGCGAAGUCUGAGCAGAAUCAUCCUGAUUGAUAACAGAGGCGAGGUGGUGAGGGCCAUGCAGGAGGCAUGUGAUCGGCUCCUCCAGGGGAUGAAUACCAGAAACAGUUCACCAAGUGAUUCAGGGUUCCAGAUGGAUAUUGAUGCCCAAGACACAGCCAGAGGAGCCACUGCUGGAGCUCCUGGAGAUGGUGUCCGUCUAGAGGUCAUUCAGGGAACCAUUGAGACCCAGCAGGUGGAUGGUCUAGUAUCUCCUAUGGUCGGCCAUGAUCCUCUUUCCACUCGUGUUGGAAACAUCUUGUCUGGCAUAGUUGGACCACAACUGGCUAUAAAGUUUCACAGUGAAGCAGGAGGAGCUACACUGCCUGGUGACACAGUACUGGUGGAGGGCUUGCCUGGACUUCGAUCUAAUGCAGUGUUCUUCCUCAACCUUGUUCCCUGGGAUGGUAAUCGAGAUGGAAAUGCAGUCCAGGUCCUGAGACAGGGCGUUAGAAGAAUUCUGGCUUACUGUGAGAACAGAGGCUUUAGAUCAGUUGCUCUCCCUGUACUCGGGACCGGUACCGUCCUGUGUUUUCCUCACCGAGUCGUAUCCAAGGCUCUACUGGAGGAGGUCCAUGUAUUUGAACAGAAACAAGCCAACCGAACAUCUUUCCUGGUCCGUAUCAUAAUCCACCCCAGUGACAAAGAAUCUAGCAAGGCCUUCCAGUCUGCUCAGGACUCUUUGCAUCUCAGAGGAUUCACGAACGAUGCUAACCCAGAUCAAGCUUCGUUUUACCGCCAUGUCUCGUUAAGUGACGACGAGGUCACAGCCAUGCUGGGUGGAGUCAAGCUUCAGAUGGUCCAUGGAGACAUCAUUCAUGAGAGAACUGAUGCCAUUAUCAAUACAACUGACUUCUCCAACAUCAAUCGUCAAUCAGGUGUGUCCAAAGCUAUUCUGACUGCAGCAGGGGCCACUGUUCAAGCAGAGUUAGCACGAGUGGGAAUUCCAGCAGACUACAUGUGCACCACAGGACCCGGGAUGCUUGCCUGUAGGGAAAUCAUUCAUGCUAGUUUUAGGUGUGACCCUCAGUUGAUUCGGAAAAAUUGCAAAAAGAUACUGAAGCAGUGUGAGAGCAAAGGAUACCGAUCAGUGGCUUUCCCAGCUAUCAAUACUGGUGUUGGUGGUAUGGACUUUGUCAGGGCAUGUAAAGCCAUGCUGGAUGGCAUGACCUCAGCAAUUACAGACGUGAAACCAACGUCUGUCUCGCUCAUCCGCAUUGUGAUCCUGCAACAACCAAUCUUCCAAGCUUUCAGAUCAGAGCUGGAGAAUCGCUUCGGACAAACAGCCACUCGCCAUCUCAGCAUAAGAGAAAAGGCCAAACAAAUACUCAAGAAGUGGCAAGAAAAACAUUCAAGGACCUCCUCGACUUCAGCACCCCAAGACACAACAUUCCUGUCCUUCAAGCCACUGCCAGCUGUCAUAAAUGUGAUUGCCUGUAGUCGAGACACCAUCAGGACCGUCGGCAGAGAUUUGGAAGGGAUACUGCAGAAGCAGCUAGUUGAGAGAGAGGUGGAUGUGCAUCAUUUUUCUAGGCUUGGAGCUAUGGAGAUGGAGGCAGUGCAGGCAAAAGUCAGAGAGUUAAAAAUUAGCCUGGAAUACAAGAGACGUCAAGGCCCUGAUGGCGUGAGUGGUAACAGAGCAGGAAACACAGCUGGAGAUCGGUCAGCGUCAGGAGCAGACGUCUAUGUGCUGAAAGGCCUGAAAGAGGACGUUCUGAGCGUCAUCGAGCUUGUGAACAGAGCAGUCCAAGAAGCACUUUGCGAAGACAUGCAACGCAAAGAAGAAGCAAUGUUGGCUCUCAGUGUCCAGUGGUCGAUUCAGAAAGUGAAUGGAGACUGGCAGGAGCUGAGCCUGCGGGACAACUUCUUGCUGGAGGAGGCCCACCUGAAGAAACAAGUGUCUGUAGAUAUGAUGGCACCAGACGGCAUGAUGGUGAAAGUAAACCUGAUGGCAGAAGAAGCCACAGACUGGCUCACAGGCCUCAAGUACAAAGUAAAGAGGAGCGACACAGAAACAACCCUAGAGAUUCCAACACAUUGGGACCCUAUGCAUGAGGAAAUCUUCAAGAAGGUCCAACUGCAACCUAACUCAUCAGAGUACCAGCGUGUAGCUCAGGGUUUCCUCAGAACGGCUAAUUACACCAUUCAGAAAAUUGAGCGUGUGCAGAACCUCUACCUGUGGCACGCCUACGUUGUGUGUCGGCAACGUAUACUCGCCAAGAACGGUCAAGCAGACCUGGGAGAGAAGUUCCUCUACCACGGCACUUCAGCAGAGUCAUGCACCCUUAUUGAGAGGGACAGAUUUGACAGGAGCUACGCAGGAAAACAUGCUGCUGUGUAUGGGAGGGGAGUUUACUUCGCAGUCAACGCAAAUUAUUCAGCAGGAAGAUAUUCCCCGCCAGACGCGGCAGGCCUGAAGCGGCUGUAUGUUGCCCGUGUCCUGACCGGCCGUUACACAGUCGGUAAUCAGGCCACGAUAAGCCCCCCUCCUCGAGCCUCAGACCCCACCGACUGCUUCGACAGUGUGGUGAACAACCAGCAGCAGCCCUCCAUGUUUGUGAUCUUCCACGAUGACCAGGCCUACCCAGAAUACCUCAUCACCUUCCGCUGAGGAGAAAAGUCAUCGCUCUACACUGUACACCUGGUAAACAAUACAAACGAGUGGUAUCUUAUAGUGUCUGAAAUGUCUGACAAAACUGCACCGAAGAAACACUCGCUGAAAUGAAUAUAUUUCUAUACUGUAUGCUGGAAGUAUAACUUAAACUAUACUUGAUGCUGCCAUACAGUGAAAUGUUUAGUUAACAGGAUUUCACCCCUUAUUAAGCGGGUAUAACUUUAAAUUUGUGAAGAUUUUUUCUUUUAGGGUUAAUUUCAUAUAUUCUCUAUAUAUUUCUUUGCUUGAAUUUUAUUGAUUGUUCAAUAGACGGUAAUGUAUAGAAUCAUAUAUUUUGUUUAAGAAAGAAUAUUUUGAUGUCUGAUGUCAAGCAUUAAAGCUUCAGAGCAAGAUAUUUGUCCGGUUAUAAGUUCAAAUAAAGUUUUAACAGUGACGUCGGCUUACAGAUUUAAGCUAACUUAGUGUGAAAUUGUCACAGAUUCUCGGUUUGGUGAAAUAUUAUGUGCAUGGAAAUUUUAAAAAUACACCAUUAUAACGCAUUUAUUAAAAGUGGUCACACUUUAUUUGAGGAGUAUUGCGGUGCUAAACAUCCCUUAGUGCGUGAAGGAUUGCUAAUGCUUUGAGGGAAUUCAAAUGAAGAGUUUGUAACAGAAGAAUCUAAAAUGAAGAUAUUUUGGGCAUUAUUAUAGGAUUUUUUUUUCUUUUAAUUGUGCAAGACAGUACUGGACAAGAAUGUGGCGUGUCUGUUAUUUAGUAACAAUGCUGUUAAUUCUAUGUAUGUAUUGUAUGUAUCUUUAACUAGAAAAAUACACGGCAGAAGAAUCAUUCCAUUACAAGUGAUUCAGCUUUAUUGACCACUUUGAUUGCACCUUUCUUAACAAUGGAAAUAAAGUGAUGAUUUGAAAAAUUA